AAUCUGCCACGAGUACCUGCCUGAAGGACAACAAACUGAAGAAUCCCAUCGAUCUUCGACGAGACGCUCUCGAGAUUUCUCGCGAAAAUUUACAAUGACAAUUAGAAAGAAAACGUCGGUGCGUUAACCAAACCGAACGAUUCGAGAAACCAGCGUUUCUAAAUCGAAGAGGCAACUGUACGAAGCCUGAUGUUUUCGAAGUGUGGCUGUUGAAUGAUCGAUAUUCAGAGGAGGGGAAGAAAGCUGGUGCAAGUGUUGAAAGGAGGACGCGUAGAGCAGAGAUCUUUGUUGUGUUCAGUGAUCGAGGAGAAACUGUAGACGAGGUCUGAAGAGGACGUUCCAGAUCGUGGAUCUUGCGAUCGGGUCGCGGGAGGAGAAAGGUUCAGGGAGUCGAAGGUGAUCCGCGAGAGUGCGGAGGAAAUCGAGAAAGUGUUGUUCAGCCACGAGUCCAGGAUUCUCACCCCCGGAGGCGGUACCAUUUCGCCCGGGGGCGCGGGGCCGCCCGCGAGCCCUUCUUCGGGACACUACCAUCCACCCACGCAUAGUCCACCUUUGGUCAAGAUUGGAUCGGUUCACACUCACCAGGCGAACAAUAACCACCACCACACGCAUCAUCAGCAGCAGCAACAACAGCAGCAGCAGCAGCAACAGCAGCAACAGCAGUCGAGCCAACCGCAGGUGCCGGGGGCAGGAGGGGGUGGAGGGCCGGGGGGUGGACGGUGGCCAGGCCUGGCGGCAUGUUCUGCUACCACUGCCCCCCGGGUCUUCCAACGCCACGGUUACCACCCACCCUCGAGUACCCAUUCGCCGCCACUCACCCCUAUACCAGUUACUCGGCUUAUCAUCCGGCUUUGCACGGAGUCGGGGAGGAUUCGUUCGUGAGGCGAAAGCAAAGGAGGAACAGAACCACGUUCACUCUUCAGCAACUGGAAGAAUUGGAGUCAGCGUUUGCGCAGACACAUUAUCCGGAUGUCUUCACGAGGGAGGAUCUCGCGAUGAAGAUUAACCUCACCGAGGCCAGGGUUCAGGUGUGGUUUCAAAAUCGUCGAGCCAAGUGGAGGAAGAGCGAACGUUUGAAGGAGGAACAGAGGAAAAGAGAGGGUAACGGAGGGGGUGGCGCGUUGGAAACGACAGGCCUCGCACCCCCAACCUCGUCAUCGGCAGGUCCCAGUCCCACAGGACACGAUCCUGAAGGGACGACGAGCAGCAGCGCCCCCGACGCGGAGGACGCCGGCCCAGAUGGAGCUGGGGGGUCGAGGAGCCCCAGCACCACUUCCGCCUCGGUCAGCCCGCGGCCCCAGCAGAGUCAGCCGUCCCUGGGUGGCGUCUCGACGCCACCUCCAACCCCCAUAAGGGCGCCACCGCCGCCACCUAGCACCGUGGGGGGUCUUGGCCCACCCGGCGAGAGCGCACCGGGUUUGGCGGCGGGUUUCAGGCCGGUCGAGCCACCCACGUCGCUCUUCUUCUCACCGCACUUGGCGGCCCAAUUCUCGCCACCGUUAUUCGGCAACAAGGUGGUCAGCAGCGCGCCAACGUCCCUCACCUCGACGACGCCAUCCCUGUGGACCUCGAGCGACCACCGGCCUGGAAGCUUGCAGGACAUGCUGUCCUGGUCACCUGCCGGAUGGCCGGGCUCCCUGUGCGGCUGUUGCAAGCCGGGGACCGGGGAUCUUCACAGGAACAGCAGCCUGGCCGAGUUGAGGAGGAAGGCCCAGGAACACUCGACCGCCUCCGCCCUUCUCGGGGGGCUGGCAGGUUUCCCAGGUGGUCUGCCGUUGCCCUUGCCUCUACCGUUGCUCCCGCCUUUGCUGGGGCUGUCCAGGAGGCCGGAACACCAUCAUCAUCAUCUGCCGAGCAUGGUGCACCAGAUACAGCCUAGCACCAAGGAGGAUCCCUAGGAUCUUGUGCGGCGCUCGUCCGACGAGCUCGACACUGUCCUUGCUCCUUGACAUCGGCCGUGUUCUCGGGUUUCUUCCCACUUGUCGCGGUUCGCUUUUGCUCGAUGGAUCGUCGCACGAUCUUCGAGACCGGUUCACGGGUUUUCCAAGCCUCGAGACCAAGCUGGAUCGCGUUUACUCCCGUGCCUGUUGCACGUUUCAUUCCGUUUAAGAAUGACAAUAUUGAGGAAACGGUUGGAUCUUUGACGAAAGGGAUUUGAAGGGUUGGAAGGUGGUAGGACGAGGAUGAGUCUAUCGAGAAGGAUUAUUAUUAAUUUUGAGAAAUUCUCGUUUUCUUCUUUCGUUCGAAUACCGAGGAAUACUUGAUACUGGUUGGUAAGUUUUUUAAAGUUUUAUCUUUUUCGAUUUGUGAUUAGAGAUGUUUAAAGAAUAUUAUUAUAAAUCGUAUAGAAAAAAUAAAUAAAGGAAUAAAUAAAUAGUAGUACAGGUUGUUACGGAGAGAAUGUAAAUUGAAAAUGCAAUAUUGAAACGUGCCUCCCUUUAAUUAGAUUUUUAAUAGAUUGACAAUUGAAUGAAAUUUAAAUAUGGAAAUUUAUGUAUUGUAUGUAUAUAUAUAUAUAUAUAUAUAUGUAUAUAUAUGUAUUCGAUUUAUUAUUUUUUUAAACUAUGACUUGUACGCGUCUCUGUUUUACUUAACUUAAUUAACUAAUUUUUGAGAUUUCAAGAUUUUAUUUUUCGUUGAAGAUAAAUAUGUCGUGAAAUAUUUCUAACCGUGCCAGAAAUAUUGCAAUUCUUAAACCGCUUAUAACCGUUUUUUUUUUUUUUUUA